CAGUACACGAUGCUGUGUGUGCGCCAUUGCCAUACCAACGUGCAUGUGCGUCCUUUUGUGAUUAUUGCAGCUGCAGAGAAGCCUGUGCUCCCAAACGCCGAGGCCCCCCCGUGCCGCACGCACAGGUCAGUGACGUCAGCCAGUGGUCACAAACAGAAGCGAGCAACUGACCGACCAACCCCCACGAUCAGAAGGAUCCGGAGUUCCGGACGGGCGGACGGCCACUGCAACGAGCUCGCCUGUCGCCUCGCCCCGGCGCCCCGCGACAACGAGACCUCCUCCUCCGCUCAGCCGCAGAAGCCACCUCGCCGCCGGCAGCAGCGUUGGCGGAAAAGGGGUGGAGGCGCGGCGAUUGUUCGCGGGAUGAGCUACGGCGGCAGCAGCUCCCUCGCGCCCGGUGCCAAGAGGCCGUUCGAGUACGGGAGAACGCAUGUGGUGAGGCCCAAGGGCACGCACAAGGCCACCAUUGUCUGGCUCCACGGCCUUGGUGACAAUGGAACCAGCUGGUCUCAACUGCUGGAAACGCUUCCCCUUCCUAAUAUAAAAUGGAUAUGCCCAACUGCACCUUCAAGACCUGUGUCAUUGUUUGGCGGGUUCCCCUGCACAGCAUGGUUUGAUGUUGCUGACCUUUCUGAGGAUGCUCCCGAUGACACUGAGGGGAUGGAUGCCUCAGCAGCACAUGUUGCAAAUUUGUUGUCAACUGAGCCCGCUGAUAUCAAGCUUGGUGUUGGUGGCUUUAGUAUGGGUGCUGCUACUGCUCUGUACUCUGCAACUUGCUUUGCUCAUGGAAAAUAUGGGAACGGCAAUCCAUACCCUGUGAACCUAAGUCUUGCCGUUGGUCUUAGUGGCUGGCUUCCAUGUGCCAGGACCUUGAAGAACAGAAUUGAAGCCUCACCAGAGGCUGCACAAAGGGCUUCAACAAUACCUCUUUUGCUCUGUCAUGGAAAAGCUGAUGAUGUAGUUCUCUACAAGCACGGGCAGAGAUCUACUGAUGCCUUGAAGGCAAAUGGCUUUUCCAAUGUGCUCUUCAAGUCAUACAAUAGUCUUGGUCACUACACUGUUCCAGAGGAGAUGGAUGAAGUUUGCAAAUGGCUCACAGCAAAUUUGGGGCUCGGCACUUCGUCAUCUUGAUCGCGAGAAAGACUCGCGGUGUCGGUGUCUUCUCCAGGGUAGUAAAUGGGCUAAUAGCAAAUUUGGGCUUGGGUAUACGGCCAUGUUCUAGCUUUUCUUCACGCAGACGUGUCUGCGAGUGCUGUACGCUUAUAAUUUCUAUAUUCUGGUCUACGUCGAUUUGGUUGACACGGAUAUUGUUUGUUUCAAAUAUUCUGUUUUCCGGUUUGGAAUUGUGAUUUGCUUCCUCCG